UACCCCAGCGGCUCGGCUGUCGGGCCCCGGGCCGGGGGAGGGGGAGGCUGCAGGAAGCGGCGGAUCCGGCGGCGGCUGUGGCCCGGGUGGCCGAGCUCCGGCCAUGGAGAGCGCAGCGGCCCCCGAGGCCCGGGGCGCCGAGGCCCCGCGCCCGCCCGCGCCCCCGCCGUCGCCCGCCGAGCCCCCAGCCGCGCCCCGCGCCCGCCCGCGCCUGGUUUUCCGCACGCAGCUGGCGCACGGCAGCCCCACGGGCAGGAUCGAGGGCUUCACCAACGUCCGCGAGCUCUACGCCAAGAUCGCCGAGGCCUUCGGGAUCGCGCCCACCGAGAUCCUAUUCUGCACCCUAAACAGCCACAAAGUAGACAUGCAGAAACUCCUGGGCGGCCAGAUAGGGCUGGAGGACUUCAUUUUUGCCCACGUGCGCGGCGAGACCAAGGAAGUGGAGGUCACUAAGACCGAAGACGCCCUGGGGUUGACCAUCACGGACAAUGGGGCCGGCUACGCCUUCAUUAAGAGGAUCAAGGAGGGCAGCAUCAUCAACCGGAUCCAGGCCGUGUGCGUGGGCGACAGCAUCGAGGCCAUCAACGACCACUCCAUCGUCGGCUGCCGCCACUACGAGGUGGCCAAGAUGCUCCGCGAGCUGCCCAAGUCACAGCCCUUCACCCUGCGCCUGGUGCAGCCCAAGAGAGCCUUCGAUAUGAUUGGCCAGCGGAGCAGAAGCAGCAAAUGCCCCGCGGAUGCAAAAGUGACCAGUGGGAGGGAGACCCUGCGACUGCGUUCCGGGGGGGCCGCCACAGUGGAGGAAGUGCCCACCGAGUUCGAGGAGGAGGCGUCCCGGAGGGUCGACGACCUGCUGGAGAGCUACAUGGGCAUUCGGGACCCUGAGCUGGGUAAGGGGCCAGGCGUCCACCAUGGUGGACACAGCCAAGAAGACGCCGAGCGUCCAGGAGUUUGCGCACCGUUUAGAUUCCGUCUUGGGCGAGUUUGCCUUCCCGGACGAGUUUGUGGUGGAGGUGUGGGCCGCCAUCGGCGAGGCCAGGGAGGCCUGCGGCUAGUCUGCCCCGGGGCUGAGCGCAGCCCCAGCCCGGAGCCCAGCCCCCUGCCGCGGCCCUCCCCGCCGGUUCCCGAAGCCCAGCCCUGCGCCAGAGCCCAGGCCAGCUCGGAGACCGGGCUCCUCUCUAGAACCCAAUCCACUCCUGAGACCCAACCCAGCUCCAAAACCCAGCCCUCUUCUAGAACCCAAGACGGCUCCGACGCGAAGCCCAGCCCUGAAAUCAAGUCAAGUUCCGGAGCCCAGCUACGUUUCAGGACACAGCCGAGCCCCGAGAUCAACCCCGGUUCCGCAAGCCAGCCCGGGUCUCUGACCAAGCCCUGCCGUAAAACUCGACCGGACUCUGGAACUCAAGACAGCCCCGUGACCCGGCCGUACCCGGACACCCCGUCCAGUUCAGGAACUCUCGUUAGUUCUGGAGCCCGGGCCAGACUCAAGAAACAGCCCGGCCGCAGUGGCCACACCGGCCCAGGAUUGGAAGAGGGCCCCCAAACCCAAGUCUGCUCACGAACCCAGACGCAAGCUGAACUUUGGUCCAGACCCAGACCCCAGCCCUGCCCUAAAACCCAAGUGCCGUCAAGCACCCGCUCCCAACCCGGGGCCCGGUCCAGUUCCGGUGAUGAUUCCAGCUCAGAGACGGAGCCCAGUUCUACGCCCCAACCUAGUGCUACAACCAGGCCCGUCUCCAGAAGUCACACAAGCUCUGGAACCACAGCCCUCCCUGAGCCAAGGCCUGCCUCCCGAGCCCAGCUCGACGCCGAGCCCCGCUCUCACGGCAGAACGCAGACCAGCUCUAGAAUACCGUCGGACUCCGGGCCCCAGACCGACCUCAAAGCCUGGGCAGUUUCCAGAGCUCGGUCCCGCUCAGGCACUCCACCCAGCUCUGGAGCUCAGCUCAGUUCUGGAGCACAGAGUGCGUCUGAGAUCCCGUCUGGCUCCCCAGGGCAGUCCGUGGCUGAGGCCCCCCUAAGUUCCAGAAUCCAGCUAAACCCCGGCACCCUAUCUAGCCCUGGGACCCGGACCAACGCAGCAACAGACUUAAAGUCCACAAAUCUGUCUGGCGCUGAGAGCAGACUCGGUUGCAGGACGCAGACUUGUCCCAGAGCUCCGUCGACCUCUGGGACUCGGCUCGUCUCAGAAACCCUGCCGAGUUCUAGAUGCCAGCUCCAAGCCACAGCCCAAGGCAGCUCUGGUAUUGAGCUGAACUCUGGGAAGCAGACGAGCUCUGGAACUCAACUCAUCGCUAGAGCCCAGCCGAGCUCUGGAACCCAGCCCAGCUCCAGGAUUCAGUUCAGCCCUGAGACCCAGCCCGACUCUGAAACCCAGAGCAGUUCAAGAACCCAGCCUAUUCCUGGAACCCAACCAAGCUCCAGAAGCCUGAACAGUUCUAGAACCCAGCCCAGCUCUGACACCCAGCUCACUUCAGAGACCCAGCCCCGUGCAAGAAUUCAGCCCAGCUCUGGAGCCCAGCUUGGCUCCGGAACUCAGUCUAGCUCUGAGACCUGGCUCAGCUCUGAGAUUCAGCUCAGCCCCGAAACCCAGCUCUGUUCUAGAGCCAAGCCCAGUCCCAGGAUUCAGUUCAACUCUGAGACACAGCCCAGCUCUCGAAGCCACACCAGUUCAAGAAUACAGCCCAGCUCUGGAACUCACUUCAGUUCCCGAACCCGGCCUGUUUCUGGACCCCAACCCAACUCCAGAACCCUGAUCAGUUCUGGAACCCAGCUCAGUUCUGAGACCCAGCCUGCCUCAGAGACCCAGCCCAGUACAAGAAUUCAGCCCAGCUCUGGAGCCCAGUCCAGAUCCAGGAUGCAGUUCAGCCCUGAGACCCCGCCCGACUCUGAAACCCAGAGCAGUGCAAGAACUCAGCCCAGCUCUGGAACUUGCCUUAGUUCUAGAACCCAGCCUGCUUCGGGAACCCGAUCCAGCUCCAGGACCCAGACCAGCUCAGAGAUCCAGCUCAGCUCUAAAAGUGGGCUCCACCUACAGAUCCCUGGCCUUGACCUUAGAACCCAGGCUGAUCUCACUUCUCCAGCCCCCGGAGCCCUGACUCUGGCCCCUAGCACAGUCUCUCGGCCUCAGCCCCGGCCCCAUGAUCUGGUACAUGGAACCCAGGCCGACAGCGGCCUGAGCCAAAGCCCAGCAACUUCCUACCCGGCUCCUCGGCCACAGAUCCCCUCAGCCCCCCCGAAACCAGCCCUCUUCCCCAAGCCUCGGCUAGGACCCCAGAAGUUCCCCCCCUCCACCAUAUCUGUAAUCCCUAGUUCUGCCCCCAGGGAGCCCCUCCUGCAUUCCCAGCCCCCUGAAUGCCUGGCUCAGGGACCUGUCCCCUCCCCCAUGUUCAAGGAGUCAUCAGAGCCCCUCCCCCACCAAAGGGAGCUAUAGUUCGAGGAUGACUUCUGUUGGCCUCCGUGGUCUCCCCCAUCCUGUCUCCUGCCCCUCCCAGCCUGGGUCCCCCCUGGAAGCAGCAGGUGACCUCAUUCCCCCAGCAGGCUGCAGGGGCGGGGAGGGGGGAGGGUGGUAGGGAGAGUGGAAACAGGGGCUUUAGUUUCACCGGGGCCUGGCUCUGAGAGUUGUAAGC